AUGACGGGUCGGCGCUGUCCUCCACACCGGCGACUGCCUGGGGCGAGUCCUCCUGCUGCGUUCACCCCACCAGAGGCCCAGGUCGGGCAGGUGCCAGCCCUACUCCGAGCCGCCGCUAAUGUUGUUGCGGCCGCUGCGGGCGGCGGUUCUUCCCAGGCGCCUGUCGUCCCACCCACGCCUCGCCUCACAGCCUCAGGUGCAGCUGGCACCUCACUUGCAGCUUUUGGUGCAGCCUCCGCCGCCUCCGCGGUUUCAUCCGCCGCCGACCCAAGCCUCCUCGUCGCUGCAGCAGCCCUCGUCUGCGUCGGCGCCCCCGUUGCCCUCCCCGUCGAUGGCGCCGUUUGUGUCAUCGGGUCUGGGUUCGGCGCGAGCGCCACACCUGUCGCCGACGUGGGCAUCACUUCUGGCGUCCCCGCUCCUGCCGUCCUCGUUCACGCCGUCCUUGGCGGUUCCCCAGCCUCCGGUGCCGCCGCUGUCUCAGCUUCCUCCCUCGGCGCCGGACCGCAGCGACAUCGUCCUCUCCCUCCGCAUGUGUUGCCCCAGGUGCCGCGGUUUCGCCACCGCUCUCCUUCUCCUGGUCUUCCGGGGGAUGCUCUUGACCCGCCAGAGGGGUGGUGGUUGGAGCGGGAUUCUUGGACAGCCUCUGUUGAGCCUGGGUCUUCGAUGGGUCGGUGGGCUGCAGACACUUCGAUCGUAGCUGAUAUUGUCCGUUGGGAGCGGCGCCUGUUAGAUGUGGGUGAGUGCCUCGCUCUCCUAGCGACCGUGCUUAAUCAGCUGCAUGCUGGGCUGCAGAGCCGGCCCAUUGCCGCGCGUGAUCCCCAGCUCGAUGAGAUGCAGCAAUGUGUAGUUCGUGCUGCUGCCGCCCAGUGCUUGUGGUCCCUCCUGCACCUGCCGCUGAAGAGUGAGUCUCCCGCCGAGAAUGAGGGCCCGGGCGCGACGUGUUUCCGGUGGGUGGCCACGGCAGCUGAAGAAGCGCCCCUUGGGCUCGUGCCUGCGCUCGCGUUAGUGCUCCGGUGGCUGCGUUGGCGGAUUUACCUUCUGAACCUGUUGUAG